CUGAAUGCUUUCCCCGACGAUUCAAAGGCGAAGACAGUUCUCCUGGUAAACGGAGUUAAGUAACAUGAGGGCUGUGGCAUAUUUCCCUAUGUUGAUUUUGUUUGGAUUCGCAGCAGGAAAAAGCAUUUCUCUCUCUGAUAAACAUAAAUUAUUAAAGAGAAUUGAAUGUUUACUCGGUGCUGAGAAAGAAUGUCAACAGGAACCAAUGGAGCAACGCAGCUACAAUGCAAAAAAUACAAUUUACAUCAAUGGGAAAAUUUACACCGUCCAUGGCGAGCAUUGGGAUGAGACGCCAGCGGAAGCUCUCGUGGUGCAGGGCGGGACGAUUCGGUUUAUUGGAACUUCGGAUGAAGCGCUGCUAUACUUGACGUGUCAAAGUACGGUUUUGGACCUUCAGGGAUCCACUGUUCUUCCUGGAAUCCAUGAUGUCCAUAUUCAUCCAUUAGAAUCGGCUUUAGAGGUUGCUUCAACAUGUGCACUGGCGCCUAACACAGACCCUGAAGAGAUGAAGAACAUUUUCAGAACUUGCGCAAAACGACAGAUUGGAACGGAGUGGAUUUUAGGGGGAGGGCAUUCUAUCUCCAGUAUAUUGAGGCACAUUGACAAGGGUGGAAGACCUCCAAGGAAAAUAAUCGAUGAGAUUUUACCAAAUAUCCCGGUAGUAAUGUUGGAAGAAACCUCACAUUCAGUCUGGGUGAACACCGAGGCACUCCGAAGAGCUAAUAUCACGAAAGACACCAAGCCACGACCAGGCGGUGUUAUCAUGAGAGAACACAAUUCAAAUGAACCUAAUGGGAUUUUGUUCGAAGAUGAAGGUAUAUCAAUAAUGGAAUUUGCCUUGAAGCCAACUAAAGAGUUGGAGGAACUUAAUUAUGAUGGUCUAAUGCAUGGUCUUAAAAAAUUGAAUGCUAACGGCAUAACAUCAGUUUGUGACGCAAGAUUAUUCUGGGGUCGGAAUCACGACAAAGCAUGGGAUUUAGUAUGCAACGAAAACAAACUGACAGUUCGCGCCGUUCUUGGACUGUGGGCAUAUCCACAAAAGGAUGAUGACUAUCAGAUCCAAAAGCUGAAGGACAUGUACUCUCCGGAGAAUCCAAACUGCUUUCUCAAGAAAAACGAAAUAAAAGUGUACAUGGAUGGGCUAUUAGAUAGUACAACGGCUGCCAUGGAGGAACCGUAUGUGAAGAAUUUGCAUCUGCCGGGUAUACCUGACAACAGAGGCAUGAACAUUUUUGACCAAGCGCGUUUAACUAAAUAUGUAAGAGAACUUCAACUUUUUGCCGGACACAAGGGGUUCGAUUUUCAUAUACAUGCUAUCGGCGACCGUGGUGUACACCAAGCACUAAAUGCGUUCCGUGAUUCUCAACAUAACGGCACUCGUCACCGGAUGACUCAUCUGGAACAAGUUGACCCAUUGGACAUCGAUCGUUUCCGAGAUUUAAAUGUCAUUGCCGAUUUCCAAGUCGCCGGGAACUUUACUUUGCCGUCAAGCCGUGAUCACAUUGCAGAGUUAGUAGGCGACCAUAGAGCAUACAAUUUUAUCCCCGUGAAGAGUAUAUACGACACCGGUGCCAUGGUGACGUUGAGCAGUGAUUGGGAUGUCAGCGAUCUUAAUCCAUUCAUUGGUCUCCAACAUGCCAUUUCUAGAGAGCACCAGUCCAUCAGCAUCAAAUCAGCUAUAGAAAUGUACACCAUCAAUGCAGCGUAUGCGAUGAGGCAGGAACAAAGUGUUGGAUCUCUUCAAGUAGGAAAAGAUGCAGACUUGGUCGUCAUCGACAAAGACAUAUUGGACCCCACUAAUGCAGGUUCUAUCUACAAAGCCAAGGUCCUUCAGACUGUACUGGAGGGAGAGGAAGUUUUUUGGGAAGAAAAUGGCAACCGCAUAAAAGAAACCACGUGCACUCAUCUCUAUUCCACUUUCUAUUACGGAGAAUGUUACGACAUGUUUGAAAGAUGUAGUUGAUUUAGCUAAUAUGAAAUUUCUCCCUAACAUAUUAAGGAGUCUGUGGGGGGGGGGGGGGGGGGGGGGGUACACUUCCUGAAUAAACUGUAUUUUAGUUUUGUAUUAGAAUUGAUCAUUUACAGCAACAGUACCCUAGUGAAUUUUGAAGAUCAUUUGAUUAUCAUUGGACGUGUACCUGUAUUUCGGUUGUUUGCUGGUUCUUCUAAUGAUUAGGUGUGAUAAUGUUGUUACAAUGCAGUGUAGCUGAUUGAUAUGCUUGCUUCUACACGGAAGUCUUUAAUUAUGUUUGAAUAAUGUUUCGCUGUUAAUUAUAGAGUAUGGGACGUACCCUUUCCUCCAGCCUCGUUUAUCUAAAUGUGAUGUAUCAUUAUUGUAUUCCAAUUUCCAUAAUCGUAGUUUAUGCACGAACGUAAUGUAGUAUAUAUUAUAUUUUUAACGUUCCACUCUAAACCUGCACGAGCGCUGUUUUCUGCUUUCUUUACCAUGAUUGUGUCAAUAUGCUUGCAUAAUCGAUUAUAGUAAUUGUACAUUUUACAAAUCACGACGUUCAAAAUAAAUUUUAAUUUUGCAAAUCA